AUGAUUGUCGCAGCGAAGCACGCCCGAAACCCGUUUCAUCCAGGGGUCAUGCACUUUGUCUUCGGUUUCUCGAUACUAGCCACUCUGGCCUUUGCUGGCGUGUGUGGCAUGCUCGUGAGCGAUUCCCUCGGGUUGGUCAACAAGUUCACGGCUCAAGUUCACUGUGCACCUUUGGCAGGUGCCGUGAAUCAGGCCUGCGUGGCUGCAAGGCAGUUCGUUACCAACAGUCGCCUACAGGGGCAGGUUUUGCUUGUUUUAACCGCGGUCGUAGGCCUGUUCGCGAUCUUUGGCGAGAUGAUUAUUAUUUGGGCUUGUCUUGAAGUUUGUUGCUUUGGUUCCCACAUCCAUUGCACGGUGGCCGGCGGCACGUGCGGCGCAGGAUGCGGGCACUGCGGGGGCGAGCCUGUUCCCAUUGCGGUCGCCUGUGAUCCCGGCGGGCCCCCGGUUGUAGGCUGCGUGGCAGGCGGUCAGUGCCGCCCUCCACCUGUGGGUAUCCCGAUCGCUCCCGGCUGCUGCUCAGUGGACAGCGGAGGCUGUGAUCGAUGUGGAAGCAAUCUAUGCGCCACGUCUGGGCCUGUCGGCACUGGGCCGAUCAGCGUCGGGCCCGUAGCAGGAGGCUCCGCGACAUCCGUGCUUCCUCCCACGAAGACAUCUACGGCAACGCACACCAGUCAUUCAAAUCCGUGCCACGCGUCUUGCCCUAUGGACGCGGAUACGCAGCAACGGACAGCAGUGGAGAACCCCGUGGCAAACACGUGCCAAAUUUCCAUCAAUACAGCGGGAGAAGCCGGCCCUGUAGCCCUCGGUCUCGAGGCUGCUCUCAACCACGAUGUGAGUCUCCGAGGCAUGUUCCGCCAGCGAUCGUCCACCGCAAACGCCAGCAACACAGCUGUAGUUCUUCGCCUUCUCCGGGCACACCGUCGUGGCGAGGCCGCCCUCCUGCUCUUCAACCGCACUGCCAUCCGCCACCUAGGAAAAGCCGCCUGCCUUCUGGUCACCGGCCUCCGGGCGUUUCAACGUCUCCCGGUCCUCCUGGUCACCGGCCUCGGCGCACUUCCCAGUCUCCCGGUCCUCCUGGUCACCGGCCUCGGCGCACUUCCCAGUCUCCCGGUCCUCCUGGUCACCUGCCUCGAGGCCCGCGUUCUUCAGGAAACAGGCACCCUAGCCGCUGCCGCUCGCUACACCCAGGGGACCGUCGCCGCCGCGCUGCCUCAGCUGAAGCGUCCCAUCAGCGGCGCGCGAGACGGCGGCCGAGAACCUCUCCAGCCUAUUGUCAUUCGCCGCCAGGUCGACUGCGGAGACCUCGCCAAACUCCGCCACGCAGUCCCUCGGGGCCACGGCCCCGGUGGCGGAACGGUCAGCCCUAUCCCAGGUCCUUGUCUCCUGGCCCUCGAGGGCCUCCCGGGCGCCGUCUCGUCGGAAGUCCGCUGCCCGCUGGAUCCCCUCACUACUAUGGGCCCGCGCAGUACCCGGGGCCUUUCCCAGCGACACCGUCUGUCUCGCCUUUUCCUACUCCUGCGCUGCCUCGCUACCGAUACACACUCCCAGGGUCAACGCCACUCCUCCGGCGCCCGUACCAGCCGAUGCCGCAAGGCCCUGUGCUGGAGUUUGGUCCGCGGCCUGCCCCGACAUUGA